GUAGGAGCCCAAACCACAGUUUCAUAAAAUGAAGUUCAAUGGUCUUACUUUCUUCUUGGUUGUACUCUGUGCAUUUAUUCUCUUUUCUGCUGCUGGAAGAACCCAUCCCGCCACCCUUCAACCCCAAAAUAAUAAACAAAAAGUUAUUGAAUCAGAAAAAGUAGCUCAUACAAAUAGCGGACCAAGCACGUGGGGCGGGUGUUGGAGUUGCUGGAAAAACCAUGACCGUCGUCUUCUCCGCUAGGAAUAGCUAAUGAUGAUGGCAAUAUGCAUCUUUUGUUGAUCCGUGUAUGAAUAACCAAUGGGGUGAUUGGUCUGAUUUUCUGCUUUAUGUAAACAACCAGC